CCCCUCCCGUCGUCCCCAGGGCUUCUGCCGGCAGCUCGAGGACCUCUCGAUGCGAAUCUCGGAGCUGCGGGGCUCCAAGGCUGAGUACGAAUCGCUCCUCCAGUCGACCAAGUCGGAACUGGCUGAGUUGCGGGAGAGACUGAGCCUCCGGGAGGAUGGCGAGAAACUCGGUGCCGUCAGGAGGAACGGCGCUACCCUGGGAGGGCAGCACGGCGACCCCAGUGGGGCAGAUGAGCAGCAGAUGAAAGUGCUGGUGGCCUCGCUUUUGGAAGCGAAUGAGAAACAGGAACGCAAGAUCUCCGAGCUACAGGAGAUGGUGCAGAUGGUCGGACUCAAGAAGGACGGGUACACGGUCGUGGAAAACCCGGACUCGGACCGACCGGAGUAUGGCAAAAUCAAACCGCAGCGAUUACACCAGCUCAACCACAACCACAGCCACGAGCGCAACCACGUGUGUGAAGAACAGCUGGGCAGCGAAGAGAUAAGCAGAGGACAACACACAAACGCACGCAGAGACAAGACAGAUGCAGAUCAGAUAGUUGCACCGCAGAUUCAAAUCGCAACGGAAGGGACAUAUGAGAUCAAUGUAGAUCGGGUAGGCGCAGAGCGGGAACACACGAGCAGAGAAGAGAUCGGUACAGAAGAGACAGGCAGAUAUAAGGCAGGCGCAGACGUGAUGGGCAUGAACACAGAGCAGAAUAGCGUACACAAGAUAUGCACAGAGCCGAUGCGCAGGGGGGAGAUACACGAAACACAGAUACACGGAACACAGAUGAAUGGAACACAGAUGAACGGAGGGCAGAUAGACUUAACGCACAUGAGCGUAAGCGCAGAACAGAUACAUAGGGAGGAGAGAGCCACAGCGCAGAUAUACGCAGAAAAGACAGGAGCAGAAUCGAGACGUAUGGAACACAGAGCCGCAGAACAGAUGAAUAGGGAACAGAUAGCCGCAGAACAGAUGAAUAGGGAACAGAUGAAUAGGGAACAGAUAGCCGCAGAACAGAUGAAUAGGGAACAGAUGAAUAGGGAACAGAUAGCCGCAGAACAGAUGAAUAGGGAACAGAUGAAUAGGGAACAGAUGAAUAGGGAACAGAUGAAUAGGGAACAGAUGAAUAGGGAACAGAUAGCCACAGGACAGAUGGGCACCAAAGAGGUAGCUUCACAGCAGAUGAACAGAGAUGAGAUGGGCAGAGCAGAGAUAAACGCAGGCAACGUUGGCACCGAUCAGAUUAACGCGGAACAGAUAGCCAAAGGACAGAUAGCCACUGACCAGAUAGCUACAGGACAGAUACCCAAAGUAGAGAUAGCCACAGAAUACAUAGCCACAAAAAACAUAGCUCAAGAACGUAUAGCUACAGACCAAAUCGGUACAGGACAGAUACCCGAAGCAGAGAUAGCCACAAAACAUAUAUCCACAAUACAUAUAGCCAAAGUACAGAUAGCCAAAGGCCAGAUAGCCAAAGACCAGGUAGCCACAGACCAGAUAGGUGCAUCUGAUAUUGACACAGAGCAGAUGAACAGAGAUGAGAUGGUCGGAGCGCAGAUGAACGCAGGCGACCUUGGCAAAGAGCAGGCGAGCGCGGAACACCCUUCAGCUGAGCCAUCAGUGACAGACGAGACGAUCGCAAACCAACCAGCAGCAGAUCACACGACCACGGAACCGCAAGGCCAAGCCCAUGCAGGCCAAGAGCUCACGGCCACCGGGCAGCUGGAGUCCGUCCCCUUGGCUCCUCGAGGUGAAGAGGAUGCGAGGAGCCCGGAGGUCACCGGCGCUGAGGGAACGACGGAGGAGGAGAUGGAGCCACGACCUCAGCACGUGACGCCGUGCCCUGCUGGGGAGGGGACGAUGCCAGACAGCGAGGCCACACCGCACGGAUGCAGCAGCAGCAGCGAUGACGAUGGAGACGCCUGGAGCCCCAGCGAUGCCAGCGCUCAGGUCGACAACAACGGGGAAGCGAGGACGACCCACGCGGCACCGGCCGUGUUCACCGCGGAGCCGCGUGGCCACAGCGCGGCCCGGAACGGCGACGAGCGUGGCCCUGCUCAGGCCCGCACGGACCAAGCGGCCGCGACCCCGAAGGACGGAAAGUUCAGGAUGAGUCUGAGACGGAAGGCAUCCUUCAGACGGCUGAGCUUGUUCAAGAGGAGGAGCCAGAAGCAAAGGGGCAGCGAACUCGCGUCAAACGCAGGAGUGGCCGAGGAGCCUGGGCCGAGCUCGGAGGCCCAGGAACUCCUGGAACGGAUUUCUCCCGCCACGAUCCAUCUCCGCGGAAUUGGAUCGACGGACGUCCCAGAGGCGACGCCUUCGUCGCCGUCCGUGGAGAGGAAGAGAAGGGACAGCAGUUUCCGGAGGCUCCUCAACAAGCUUAGGAAGACUCCGUCGCUGGGGCAGAACGGCGAUGGCCUGACGCUGGGUGUCGAACUCAGACACAGGAGCUUUCGGGCCCCGCACUGCCGGUGGAGCUGGGCCCUGGACCCGCGCGCCUCCCAUGGGGAGCUGGAGACCCCGUUCGCCAGCUGGGGUGUGGAGCAGGUGUGCGGCUGGCUCAGCGAGCUGGGCCUGGGCGCGUGCGUGGGCCUGGCGCGGCAGUGGGUGGUGCGAGGGGACACGCUGCUGCGGGCCACGCCGGAGGACCUGGAGCAGGAGCUGGGGCUCAAGAACCCCCUGCACAGGAAGAAGCUCACGCUGGCGCUGCAAGCGCUCGGCUCCGGAGAGGCAGUGGGGACCGAUGCCCUGCACCACACCUGGGUGAUGCGCUGGCUGGACGACGUUGGGCUGCCCCAGUACAAGGAGCAGUUCCAUGAGGCACGCGUGGACGGGCGGAUGCUGCACUACAUCACCACGGAGGACCUGCUGCUGCUCAAGGUCACGAACCUGCUGCACCACCUGAGCAUCAAGCGUGCGGUGCAGGUGCUCCGACUCAACCACUUCCAGCCGGACUGCUUCAUCCGCUCCGCCCCGGAGGGCGCCGGAGAGGCGGGCGACGUGAGCCGGUGGCCCAACGAGCGAGUGAUGCGCUGGCUCCGCUCCGUGGACUUGGGGGAGUUUGCGCCCAACCUUCGUGGGAGCGGCGUUCACGGCGGUCUCAUGAUCUUCGAGCCGCGCUUCAGCGUGGAGACGCUGGCGAGCCUGCUGAGCAUCCCGCCCGGCAAGACGCUGCUGCGCCGACACCUGAGCACCAGCUUCAGCCUGCUGGUGGGCCGCGAGGCGCAGCGGGACAAGCAGGCAGCGGCGGACGCCGACGGCUGGGCUCCUCUCUCCGUCAGCGCCAGGGUCAAGGCGCAGCGACGCCGCGGAUUUGUCCGAGGGCGGCAGGAGACGAAGGGGGCGGCGGCGGAUUUCACCGAAUACCUGUGCCCCAUGGAGCUGGGCUGGGGCCCCUCGCAGGGAUCUCCCCCUGAGUCCCCUCUGUACGGACUCACGGGGACACCCCUCCGCAGGGGUCGCAGUCAGGAUGAGCUGGACUGCAUCGACGAGACAGGGAGCUCCGAGUCGGUGGUGAGGAAGUUGGGGGAGUUCUCACACGACAUCGAGAACCUGACGACGAGCCUGUUGCACGAAGACUGAUUCUCACGCUGGGAGGAACACGAUCGCGGGGAGAUGCGGCGAGCCCUUGCCGCCGGAACAAACAGAUCGUUCGCUGCUCGCCAACGUCUCCCGCAGCCAACACACUCUGUCAGUGAGCGGCGGGGGUCGAGAGGUCACGCCCGACCGCGCCGCGUGCGCUAACAAGAUGACCCUGCUCACUGCUUCCGCUGUGCGCGACGCCCAACGGCGGUUAUGUCCAAACGGACCAGACUGGGCCCCGCCAUGGGAAUGUGGAAUUGCCGCACCCUGGAAGGGCCCCCACUUGAGACACCUCCACAGAGUGACCCCCCACUUCGAUUAGCACGGUUGGCUUCGACAUACGUAUGUACACACAAGGUAUUUUUGGCCGACUCUUACACGGUGGCCAGAUGUCUCGGGAGAUUUAGGGAACGGGGUCCCCGUCGGGGUCAGUUGCCGCUCCGGGAGAUCGUAUCGACCCCCGACCCCCGCGGCCACUUCUGAACCGCAGCUCGCCGGUAGGAGCCACUUAGAAUUAUCGCCAAUUUUUCUGUUGUUUCUCGUACGAUGAACUUUGAACGGAUAUUAUCGACGUCGCAGAUGUUUUUUUAAACACCGUCAAACAUUGAUCGUGUUGGCGAGGCGCAGGCUUGCGCGACGAAGCUUGUUCACGCGCCGGGUGGAGAAGAGACGCGCACCUCCCGCGAGCAUCCGGCGCCUCCACUUUAUUAAUGGAUUCAUGGGCGCGUAGCAACAGCAGUGGCAUACAAAUGUGAUCUCGGCUCACACUCACGUGCCACCUCCCCUCCAUCCCCUCACCCACCCUCCUUCCAAGCCUGUACACGCUGCUGGGUCAAUAGCUUUUAGCGAGCGCCUAUUAAGGCCGGCAUAGCAGGAUUGGUGACGGAUUCCGAGACGCGUCAUUCCUAAUUGCGUCAGCGCGCCGAACCGGCUACUCUUUCAUUUCGUGCCGAGUCCACUUUAGGGUGGGACAAACGAGGUAUCGUGUGCCAGGUGAAGCGAUCGUGUAACGGUUAGCGCGUUGCACUACGGAUCUGGUCGACCCGAGUUCGAUUCCCGCUCACGGCCUACACCAUUGACGAUUAUCUGAACCGGUCCUGGACC